UGCGGCCGCCGCGGGGAAGCCGGCAGCUCCCGGGGCUCGGUGCGGUCGGGGAGCCGGAGGGGGGCCGGUGGGAGUGUGAGCGCGCGCGUCCCGACCGCUCGCAGUGCGCCUGGCCUGUGCGCUUCCUCGUCUUGUUUUAUUGUGGGGGUGCGGGGGGGCUGUGCCCCAGCCCCGAGCGUCUGUGUGCCCCGUGCCCGCGGGGGGAGCGUGCGCGCUUGCCCCUGCCUCCCUUGCGUCCUGGGGCCCACCUCUCCCGCGCCCGCCUCCCUCCCCGGCGCUGCCUGCCCCAACCUCAACCACCUGUGCACCCGAGAAACCCAACUCCUCCCGCUCGCGCCCCGGGGGGCAGGCAGGCAGGGGCAGGGCCACGCCGCAGUGGGGGCCCGCCGCCGCCGCCGCCGCCUCCUGCCUCCUCCUGCUCGCCUCUCCCCCCGCCCCCGUCUGACGCGGCCUCCUCGGGAAGGGUGUUUGGAGGGCAGCGGCCGCCCCAAGCCGGAGCCCCGCAGCGCUGCUUAUGAUCAGCUCGGUGUGUGUCUCCUCCUACCGCGGGCGCAAGUCGGGGAACAAGCCUCCGUCCAAAACAUGUCUGAAGGAAGAGAUGGCCAAGGGCGAGGCGUCGGAGAAGAUCAUCAUCAACGUGGGCGGCACGCGACAUGAGACCUACCGCAGCACCCUGCGCACCCUCCCGGGCACCCGCCUCGCCUGGCUGGCCGAUCCCGACGGCGGGGGCCGGGCGGAAUCCGAUGGCGGCGGUGCGGGCAGCAGCGGCAGCAGCGGCGGCGGGGGCUGCGAGUUCUUCUUCGACCGGCACCCGGGCGUCUUCGCCUACGUGCUCAACUACUACCGCACGGGCAAGCUGCACUGCCCGGCCGACGUGUGCGGGCCGCUCUUUGAGGAGGAGCUCACCUUCUGGGGCAUCGACGAGACCGACGUGGAGCCCUGCUGCUGGAUGACCUACCGGCAGCACCGCGACGCCGAGGAGGCGCUCGACAUCUUCGAGAGCCCGGACGGAGGCGGCGGCGGCGGCGCAGGGCCCAGCGACGAGGGCGGCGACGAGGAGCGGGAGCUGGCCCUGCAGCGCCUGGGUCCCCACGAGGGCGGCCCGGGCCAGGGUGCCGGGGCCGGGAGCUGCCGCAGCUGGCAGCCCCGCAUGUGGGCGCUCUUCGAGGAUCCCUACUCGUCUCGGGCGGCCAGGGUGGUGGCCUUCGCCUCGCUCUUCUUCAUUCUGGUCUCCAUCACCACCUUCUGCUUAGAGACCCACGAGGCCUUCAACAUCGACCGCAACGUGACGGAGAUCCACCGCGUGGGGAACGUCACCAGCGUGCGCUUCCGGCGGGAGGUGGAGACGGAGCCCAUGCUGACGUACAUCGAGGGCGUGUGCGUGCUGUGGUUCACGCUGGAGUUCCUGGUGCGCAUCGCGUGCUGCCCCGACACGCUGGACUUCGUCAAGAACCUGCUCAACAUCAUCGACUUCGUGGCCAUCCUGCCCUUCUACCUGGAGGUGGGGCUGAGCGGGCUGUCUUCCAAGGCUGCGCGCGACGUGCUGGGCUUCCUGCGCGUGGUGCGCUUCGUGCGCAUCCUGCGCAUCUUCAAGCUGACGCGCCACUUCGUGGGGCUGCGCGUGCUGGGCCACACGCUGCGCGCCAGCACCAACGAGUUCCUGCUGCUCAUCAUCUUCCUGGCGCUGGGCGUGCUCAUCUUCGCCACCAUGAUCUACUACGCCGAGCGCAUCGGCGCCAGGCCCUCCGACCCCCGGGGCAACGACCACACCGACUUCAAGAACAUCCCCAUCGGCUUCUGGUGGGCCGUGGUCACCAUGACGACGCUGGGCUACGGGGACAUGUACCCUAAGACGUGGUCGGGCAUGCUGGUGGGCGCGCUGUGUGCACUGGCUGGCGUGCUCACCAUCGCCAUGCCGGUACCCGUCAUUGUCAACAACUUCGGCAUGUACUACUCCCUGGCCAUGGCCAAGCAGAAGCUGCCCAAGAAGCGGAAGAAGCACGUGCCACGGCCGCCCCAGCUGGAGUCGCCAAUCUACUGCAAGUCUGAGGAGACGUCGCCCCGGGACAGCACCUACAGCGACACCAGCCCCCCUGCCCGGGAGGAGGGGAUGCUGGAGAGGAAACGGGCAGACUCCAAGCAAAACGGGGAUGCAAAUGCUGUGCUGUCCGAUGAGGAGGGGGCCGGCCUCACACAGCCCCUGGCCUCCGCCCCCACUCCAGAGGAGCGCCAGGCCGUGCGCCGAGCGGGCACCCGAGACAGAAACAAGAAGACCACAGCCUGCUUCCUGCUCAGCGCCGGGGACUACGCCUGUGCCGAUGGCAGUGUCCGGAAAGGCUGCGGCGAAAAGUCCUGGAGUCUAAACAACAUAGCCGGUGCAGCUGGAACCAGUCUGGGGCUGUCUCCACUGGCGUCGCGAUUCAGCUCACCCUACCCUCCGAGAAAGCUCCCGCUCUCCCACCCCUUCCACCCCCUCACCAGCCCACAGCCAGGACACCCUGCCCCUUAGCUGCAGCCUCCCUCGCUGCAUGGCUCCCACUCGGGCACGGGCACGGGCACUCCCAUGCCCUCCCUGCCCUGCCGCCCAGCUCCCAGACCUCCCUGGGCUCAGUACUGCCCACAGACUGGGGUGAGGGGUGGGAUGAGGAGGAGGAAUGUGCCCCGCAGCCUCUCUCCGAACACAGCCAGCUCCCCAAAUGGCCAGCUCUGCACUCCAGAACAACUGGGGAUUGCAUCCGGGGCCUCUACCCCACUCGCCCCUGCCUGGGCCAUAGGUGCCAGGUCACCCAGGAUCAGGCUUUCUGAGCCCUGCCUCCCUCUCAGGGACCCCCACUGUGGGCCAAGCCCACUUACAGGAGGCCAGACCGCUGGGCUGGGGAGCCGAGCCUACCUUUCCCUAUUUUUAAUCAUAGAGAAUGCAGUUCCAUUUCACCUGGCUUUGAAUCAGCAGCCAAAAUGAGCCUGCAAUGGAAGGUCUCUGUCUGUCUGUCUGUCCAUCCCCUACCAGUGGGGGGCUAAGGCUGCCACAUGGGGCACUCUCUGUGAGUGCCCGAGGGGCCUGCAUGCCCUGAGGAGCACGGGAGCCUGGUGCUUCCCAGCUCCAGCCAGGGGCGCAGGCAGGGCCUCUAGAGGCAGCCCCCCACGGCUGGCUCAUGCCUGGGAUGGGACCGCUGAGAGCAGGGACACUGUCCUCCGGGGGCCCUGCCCAGACCCAGCGUGUGGAGCCCGGCGUCCCUGUCUGCGCUGCUUCCUCUGCUUCCCCAGACGGUUUUCUUCCCUCUCCGCCCCCCACAAGCUCCCAGCCCUGCCUCUGAGUCACCUGCCGCUCCCACCAGCCUCUGUGCGCUCCAUCCCUGCCAGGACCGGAGACUCAUCUAAUUUCUAUAAUUAAGCGUAUUCAUUUACCUAACGAGCCCGGGAGCACAGGUUUGUGAGUCACCGAGAGGGCAGGAGUACACCUUGGGCAGGGGCAGCUGAGGGAACGUGUGCCACCCCGGCCCCGCCUGCUCCUGCACAUCCCUCAGGCAGUACGGGAUGCUGUGGCCCGGCCUGGCUGCUGCACCCCUCCCCCAGCAGUGGCCCCCAGCAAGGCUCUCUCUGGGGCCUCUCCCACCCAAGGAACUCCUCAGCUGAGACACUUCCUGCUUCACCUGAUGGGAAUUAGACCUGACAGGAGAGCCGUGAGCCCGGCCAUUUUUAGAGUCAGGUUCUGCAACUUUGUGGAGGGAAUGACUAAGCCAGGUCCCUGUCUGCUCUUUGUAAAGGGGUGGUGAGGCCACACGAGGAGACCCAACAGGAGGCUGGGAGUCCGGAGGACCAUCCGAAAAGGGGCAGGGGAUGGGGAAGGCAGAGCGGUGACUGGGACCUACCUCCCCCCCUUCCAGAGGGGGCCCAUCUCCCUAAGGCACUGGGGCUCCAGGCUGACACCACCCUCCCCCGAAAGAGGUCUGCGGUGUUGAAGGUGGGUCCUGGCAUGCCCUAGCUCUGCUCCAGUCUGUGCGGACCACCUCUCACUUGCUCUCAGGGGCAUCUGGGGGACGGCAGGCACGUCAGACUCAGACAGGUCCCCUUCCAGGAUAGGAAAGCUUGGGGAGCAGACUGGACAAGCUGGUGCUUGCUCCCCUCACAGCUGAGAAUCCUGGUGAGGACAGGCCCAGUUCUGCCCCCGGCACCCAGACUGGACGGGACAUGAUGAGCUAAGCAUCCAGUGGAGUGUGGACACCACACCUAUUUUCUCUUCCCCUCGCCUUUCUGGUGCAGGGGACUGAGGCAACUAUUUCUGCGGCAGCCUCUCGCUGUCAGGAGUCCAGGUUUCCACAGCACCCACCGCCUCCUCCCCGCCCUACC